AGGAGGACUACACCAGGCCAGGACCUAACCCUAACCCUACAGCUACAGGUGGACUACACCCAGGCCAGGACCUAAGAGUGGACAUGGCGUGUGGCAGAAAUAAGUUCUCCUGCGAUGAUGGGAAAUGCAUUUCCAUGUCAUGGGUUUGUGACGGAGAAACUGACUGUGAUGACAUGAGCGACGAAAUCUGUGCCUCACCACCCGGAUAUAUUGCAACCGCGGCAACAGGCGCCGUGGCAACAACCAAAGUAGUGGGUGGAAGCGCAACAGCUCAUCACACAGUUAAGCCAACACUGAUGCCAGACAUGAAGUGUGAUGCAGAUAAUUUCUCCUGCGAUGAUGGGAAAUGCAUUUCAAUGUCAUGGGUUUGUGACGGAGAACCUGACUGUGACGACAUGAGUGACGAAAGCUGGAAGCACUGUGCCUCACCACCAGGAUAUAUCACAACCGUGGCAACAGGCGCCGUGGAAACAACCAAAGUAGUGGGUGAAAGCGCAACAGAUCAUCACACAGUUAAGCCAACAUUGAUGCUAGGUACCGCACCUGUCCUGGUGGUCUCUCUGAGCCUGGCUGCAGUGGUGUGUGCUGUUCUACUCUUUGCACUCUACAAAUGGAGACAGAGGAAGCACCUCGUGCCAGAUGACUCAGCUGUUACACACAUCUAUCACCUGCCUAAUCCUGGAGUGGGUUUAAAUGAUAUCGAAUUAGACCCAACUGGAAAAAGUGGCCAAACGACAUCUGACUAUGAGAGAAUGGAUCCAAUCGUCAACAACAGCGAUCCAGUCUACGAGAGCACACAAAAUCCAGUUUACCAGCAGUUAGGGGCCCCAUCAGUUACGGUCAAUGAAAGCAUAGCAUAACAUGGCCACUGCAGCCAAUCGGAUGCAGCCAACAGUUAGCGGUCCAAUCAGGUACAGUCUAAGAAAGCAUACCAAAGAAUGUCCACUACAGCCAAUCACAUGCAGCCAGCAGUUACAGUCCAAUCAGAUAAGGGUCUAUGAAAGCAUACCAAAGCAUAUCCACUGCAGCCAAUCACAUGCAGCCAGUUUGGAAGUUUAAUCUGUUUAUCACAUCCUUGACUUCAAAGCUCUUACUUGAUGGCGGUACAGUGGUUAGCACUGUUGCCUUGGAAACGGUUGACCUGGGCUUGAUCCCUUGCCACUGCAAGGUGCCUAUGUGAGUUGCUUUGGAUAAAAGUGUCAGCUAAAUACAAGACCUUUACCUUUGAACUCAUGUUUAGCUCAAAGUAUUCACUGAGGAUCAUUUUAACAAUAAAGUCUUUUGUGACAUUAAAAUGUAUUUUGAUGGC